CAACUGUCAUGACAACAUUCACAACUCAAGUACACUACGAGUUGCUUGUUGGGAAUUAAAUCUAUUAAUAAAACGUUAAUUAUCUCAAGAUUACAAUGGCUAUGCGAGAUUACGCAGCAGACAAAGAAACACUGAAGAAUUUCUUCGUGGAUUUCUGCCAAACCGAUGACGAGGGGCAUAAGCUCUUUAAAUAUGCUGAACAACUCACUAGAGUCGCUCACAGAGAACAGGUGGCAUUUACUGUGGAGCUGGAUGACCUGCACGAAACAAAUGAGGAUCUGGCGGAGGCGGUGCGCCAGAACACGCGUCGAUACACGAGCAUGGUGUCGGACGUAGUGUAUGAGAUGCUACCUGACUACAAACACAGAGAGGUUAGUGCUAAAGACGCAUUAGAUGUAUAUAUUGAGCACCGGAUUGUGCUGGAGGCGCGGAACCACAGGAUCCCAGGGGAGAUGAGGGAUCCCAGGAAUCGGUACCCUCCAGAGCUGAUAAGACGAUUUGAAGUGUACUUCAAAGAUCUGUCUAGUGCCAAGUCUGUACCAAUUAGAGAAGUAAAGGCUGAACACAUUGGCAAAUUGACAACAGUAAGAGGCAUAGUGACGCGUUGCACGGAAGUGAAGCCGCUGCUGGUGGUGGCGACGUACUCGUGCGGCGCGUGCGGCGCCGAGACCUACCAGCCGGUGCGCGCGCUGCACUUCACGCCGCCGCCCGCCUGCGCCGCCGACGCCUGCCGCCUCAACAACGCCGCCGGACAGCUGCACCUGCAGACGCGCGGCUCGCGCUUCCAGAAGUUCCAGGAGAUCAAGAUACAAGAACAUUCGGACCAAGUGCCGGUGGGGCAUAUCCCGCGGCAGCUGGCGGUGUACUGCCGCGGCGAGCAGUGCCGGCGCGCGCAGCCCGGCGACCACGUGGCGGUCACCGGUGUCUUCCUGCCGCUGCUGGGCGCCGGCUUCCGCCAGAUCACGCAGGGGCUGCUCUCCGACACCUACCUCGAGGCGCACGGCGUGACGUGCGUGAACGCGAGCGACGAGUGCGAGAGCGCGGAGGCGUUGUCCGAGGAGGAGCUGGCCGAGCUGGCGGAGGAGCAGCUGUACGCGCGCAUGGCGCGCUCGCUGGCGCCCGAGAUCUACGGCCACGAGGACGUCAAGAAGGCGCUGCUGCUGCUGCUCGUCGGCGGCGUCGACAGGCGGCCGAACGGUAUGAAGAUCCGCGGCAACAUCAACAUCUGCCUGAUGGGCGACCCGGGCGUGGCCAAGUCGCAGCUGCUCAACUACAUCGACCGGCUGGCGCCGCGCAGCCAGUACACCACCGGCCGCGGCUCCUCGGGCGUCGGCCUCACUGCCGCCGUCAUGAAGGAUCCGUUUACAGGCGAGAUGAUGCUGGAAGGCGGCGCGUUGGUGCUGGCCGACCAGGGCGUGUGCUGCAUCGACGAGUUCGACAAGAUGGCCGACGCCGACCGCACCGCCAUCCACGAGGUCAUGGAGCAGCAGACCAUCAGCAUCGCAAAGGCGGGAAUAAUGACGUGCCUGAACGCGCGCGUGUCGAUCCUGGCGGCGGCGAACCCCGCCUACGGCCGCUACAACCCCAAGCGCAGCGUCGAGCAGAACAUCCAACUGCCCGCCGCACUACUCUCGCGGUUCGACCUGCUGUGGCUCAUCCGCGACCAGCCUAAUCGCGAGAAGGAUCUGGAGCUAGCGAAGCACAUAACGUACGUGCACCAGCACGGCGCGCAGCCGGCGGCGGAGACGCGCGCGCUGCCCAUGCGCCUCGUGCGCCGCUACGUGGCCCUCGCGCGCCGCAAGCAGCCCGUCGUGCCGCGCCACCUCGCCGACUACAUCGUCUCGUCAUACGUGGAGCUGCGGCGGGAAGCACGCAACGCGCGUGACGUCACCUUCACCUCCGCAAGGAACUUGCUUGCAAUCUUGCGCCUCUCCACCGCUUUAGCCCGUCUCAGAUUGUCGGACGUAGUAGAAAAAGAAGAUGUGUCAGAAGCCAUCCGCCUCGUGGAGAUGUCUAAACAGUCACUACAGCAUGUUGACGAAAAUUUCCAAAGGGGCAUCAGCUCGACGGACCGCAUCUUCGCGGUGGUGCGCGACCUGGCGGGCGCUAGCCAGACCGUGAAGAUCGCUGACGUUAUAGAGCGCUGCGUGGACAAGGGGUUCAAACCCGACCAGGUGGAGGCGUGCAUCGAGGAGUACGAGAACCUGAACGUGUGGCAGGUCAACCAGGUGCGCACCAAGAUCACCUUCAUGUGACCUGCUACUCUUUACUGUCUAAUGUUACGUUACGAGUACCUUUUAUAUGUAUUACCCACUAAGUUGUUUUUGUUGCAUUUAAAUUGUCCACGAUUUUCGUUCUUACAUUCUCUCAUUUAAAUUUAUUAUCAUAUUAAAUUAUUAAACAUUAUCAAGUGCCUGCCGUCGUUGACAACGCAUAAUAUAAAUAAAAGCCAUCCAUCACCUCACAUUAUCUGGACAAAUAUAAAUCCAACCAGAAUAACUAUGAUUUUUUAGUUUUGUAGAUAUAUUUGAGUAAUAAAAAUAGGUCUAGACCGAGGUUCGAGGCGCCCAGGCCAAGACAAAUGCAAUUUUGCUAUGUCAAAAUUAAGAUAAAAUUAGGAUGCAAUGAGACCCCUUUAUAGGCCUCUGGGCGGCUAGAGGUUGGUUUGGUUUUAAUCACUGAUUUUAAUUCACUUAACAAUUUGUAAUGUCAAUAUUUUACUACAGCUACACUUAACUCUAGAGUAGUCGCGCCUCUCCGUGUAACGCGAGUGCUCGCGUAGGGAGCAUUUUGCCGCCUAUAAUUAACAUGACUUUUUAUUUAAUAUAAUAACUAAAUCAUUUUGAAAUCAUUUUUAUGGGAUAAAAUAAAUCAAAUACUGUUAGAAAAAGUAACUAGCGUUAUAAUUUUAUACUUAAUAGUACAUUAAAUAAAAAUCAGGAAAUCUUAGGUAAAAAUAUUUUAAUUUUAACACGGCCUUUGCCUUAGCUUUCAUAAAAAAAAGAAAUAUUGAUGUUUUUAACAAAAUUAAACGUUUUGAUUAUCUCCUACAUACGUUUUAGCAAAACAAUCCUAGUACAUGUAGGCCACCAAACGAAGGAAAAACAGGGGAAAUAAUUCGUGUAUAAGCGAAUUUUGGCACAGUUGUAGGUAAAAGUGCCUUACACAACAUACUGAAAGUACUGGUGGAUGGGGGUUGUGCUAACGGGUGGGGGGAGGUUUAAAGGUCCCUUUUUUUUGUUUUUCGUAAAUAACUCGUAAACGGUGGCUCAUAACAAAAAAUGUUCUUAUACAUAAGUAAUCUACAUAAAAUUGUCUACAAGAAAGAUUCCGUACACUUUUGCUAGGGUCAAUAUUCAAAAAGAUAUCAACACGGGAACGUUACUUAAAAUCAAUUCUGUGAUCUGUUUUUUUAUAUUUUCGUAUAUAAUUCGUAAAGAGUGACCAAUAGCAAAAAAUGUUCUGAAACGUAAAUAAUCUACACAAAAUUUCCUACAAAAAAGAUACAGUACACUUUUCGCAAAGAUCAAUAUGCGUAAAGAAAUAAUGUUAUUUAUAAUCAAAUCUGAGGUUCAUUUAUUUUUAGUUUUUGUUAGAAAAUGUUCUACGACGUAAAUAAUCUACAUACAAUUGGCUACAAAAAACAUACUGAAUACUUAUCACUAGGCUCAAUAUUCAAAAAGAUAGUAAAGCCAGAAAGUUAAUUAUAAUCAAUUUUAAAGUCUCUUUUUAGUUUUUCAUAAAUAACUCGUAAACGGUAGCCCAUAUCAAGAGUGUUCUAGAACAUAAAUAAUCUACAUAACAUUUUCUAUAAAACACAAAUCGAAUAUUUUUCUCAGGGAUUAAUAUUUAAAAAGAUAUUAAAGGGGGAAUGUUAAUUACAAUCACUUCUCAGGUCCCUUUUAUUUGGUUUUUCAUAAAUAACUCGUAAACGGUUGCCUAUUGCAAAAAAAAACGUUAUACUUAAGUAAUCCUGAUAAAAUUGUCUACAAAAAAUAUUAUUUAUACUUUUUCGCUAGGAUCAAUAUUUCACGAGAUAUUAAAGGGGGAAAGUUAAUUAUAAUCAAUUUGCAGGUGUUUUUUUUUAGUUUUUCGUAAAUAACUUGUAAACGGUGGCCCAUAGCAAAAAAUGUUCUUAUACAUAAAUAAUUAACAAAAAAUUGCCUACAAGAAAGAUCUCGUACACUUUUUCGCUAGGAUCAAUAUUUAAAAAGAUACUAAAGAGAGAAAUUUAAUUAUAAUCAAUUCUAUACAUAAUAGUAACCUUAUUUUUAAGAUUGGGACGUAUAAUUCUAUAAAUAAAUUUUCUUAUUAUCUUCUAAAACUAAAAUCAUCAUCAUCAUUAUCAUCAUUGCUGAUGGUGAUUUCGAUGGGGGCUCCGUUAGUGCAGGGGCCAGAGCAUACACCACAGACACUGGAGCACAAAAUUCCUGCUUUCCGGCAGCCGCAUCACACCCCACACCCGGUCGUGCAUCGGCAAAAUAUGGUGUUGAGAAUGGAGUCAGGUGCCACUGGGUCGUUGGUUGUCACCGGCUUUAGGAUGCCAUCGUCCCCUCUCGCCAAUCCCCAUUAGGUAGGUGGUAAGGGGUUACCCAGCAUUACAUUUUUGACUUUUCCUGAACUAGUGCAGUCGACUGUAACACUAUUAUAGCGCAAAUGUCAAAAUCAAUGUUGCAGCGCGAUUUUCGUCAUUUGCGACAGUAAUGCGGUUGGCAGUAAUGUCCUGGUGGAAUACUGUAGCAGUAAUGCUGACGUAGUCUAAAUCCAAACGGUACCUUAAGGCUCAUAUGAAAAUGUAGUAGUAGAAAUUUUCGUUGUCUUCGGGUAAGUCUCGGUAGCUCAGUUAGCUUGGCAGAGCGAUCGGUUGGUUCCAGAGUCGUCAGUUCGUAUCUCGCCCGAGACAGUUUAUUUUUUAUUUCUUACGUAGAUAAUAAACACAUACAUAACAUAAAAUUGACUAAAGUAGAAUUGAAUAUAAUUACCUAACGUCCCCCCUUUAAUACCUUUUUAAUCGUUCGUUUUUGUACAAAAUUUUAUGUAGAUUAUUUAUGUUCCGGAAUAUUUUUUGCUGUGGGAUACCGUUGACGAGUAAUUUACGAAAAACUAUAAAAAGGGAGCAUAGAAUUGAUUAUAACUAACUUUCCGGCUUUAAUAUCUUUUUUACUAUUGAUCCUAGCGAAAAAGUGUACGGAAUCUUUCUUGUAGGCAAUUUUACGUAUAACAAUAUUUUUUGCUAUGAGCCACCGUUUACGAGUUAUUUACGAAAAACUAAAAAAAGGGACCUUUAAACCCCCCUCCACCCGUUAGCACAACCCCCAUCCACAAGUACUUUCAGUAUGUUGUGUAAGGCACUUUUACCUACAACUGUGCGAAAAUUCGCUUAUACACGAAUUAUUUCACCUGUGUGGCUGUUUUUGGUCUUCAUUUGGUGGCCUAAUGGGUAUACAAUAUAAGUUGCACAGUAACUUUGCACUUAUAUUGUGCUCUUUUUGGACCUUCUAUUUUCCUUGUAUGGGCAUAGUGCACAUAAUGUAUCUUCUCCACCUAAGGGUGUAUUUUGGUGUUCAGAUGACACAAAAUAGGAGGUUUGGUUUCCCAAUGUUUCUGUAAAGUAUUUACGUUAGAUCUUUUGAUUAUAUAUGGUAUGAACAGCGCUCGAAGCAUUUCUUUCAAAAAGGUUCGUCUCAAUAACAUGUUCUUAGUAAGUUCAAAAAAAAAAUGAGAAUAAAUUAAAUCAUUUUAUCUAUUAUUUUUUACUUUGUUACUAUCAAAACAAUAUUAAACUUAAUAAAAACUAUUAAUAUUUUGACUUAAGAAAAAAAAACGGACCCCAAAUUUUACAUACGUGAGUAGUCGCGCGGUGAGCAAUUUGCCGCCAUACGCGACACAGCGGCAGCAACAUUUGCUUCCUGCAGUCACCCACGCACCAAAUUUCUCCAAAUUUGGAAAAUAAAGAGCUAAAGAACAGGGGGGCAGCUACUAGGACGCAUGGCCUUGAUAAACGAAUUGUUUUCAAGUAAUCACAGUUUUUUCGCUGAGUUCGGCAAAAUGCUCAUAGCGCGAGCACUCUAGGGUUAAUAAAAUGCAGAUGUAUUUACUGGUAUUUUAGAUGUAUGUUUCAUCACGUCAAUU